UUGACAGUGACAGUGUACACUUCUGUCAUGUACUGUGGUACACCCCGGCAUAUUUAUAUAUUUAUUUACAUAUCUUGAGAAUUACAAUCUUAUAAUCUUGAGAAUUAAUAAAUAUUUAAAUAGAGUUAAGAUAUACUUAAAUAAAGGUGCCAAGUGGCAGAAAAAUACUUGAUGCUAUAAGUUGAUAUAAAAUAGAACGUGUUAAUUAAACCUAAAAAAUGAAAUACUUAAUUCUUUUAGCAGUGAUUGUAAUUAAUGCUUGCUUAGUAAGCAGUAGUAACAUUGUUUCAGCUAGGCUUGAAAGUUGUCCAGGAUGUUCCUUAAACCGACUAGACCAAGUUAAAUGGUUUGCCUAUAAUGACAUUCAGACUUAUGAAAAUGUUGAAUGGAAAAAGAUUUCCGGAGCUCCACCAGAACUGGUAUUCCUUAAUGACCAAGGUGAAGAGGUUGAAAGGAUUCCUUUAAAAACUCUAAAUAGAGUUCAGUGUAAUGAUCUCUUACUGUCCAGGGGAUUUGUUAAAAAGGCUGAGGAAAAAGAGGCUGAGGAAAAAGAGCUAUGAACAUUUUAACAUUUUUAUACCAAAAAGUACAGAUAAUAAUAAUGUAGUUUAAUAAAAUCUA